AUGAAGCAGCUUAUCACCACUGGCUUUCAGUACCUGGAAGAUCAAGUCAGAUGGCAGACCGGCAUGAAGGCGGAGCUGGAAAGGCUGCAACAGAACCACCCGAAGAUCCAAGCUGUCGUCGACUAUGCUUCCCGUCAACAACAGAUCAGAGACAAAAAUCCGGCUCUUUACGAAUGGCUAUGGCAGCUACGAGAUGCUAUCGAUGAGGCAGAUGAUGUUUUGGAUGACCUCGAGUACGAGAAGCUUGAAAAAGAGCUGGCAAAAAGCAAGAAGCAGAGAAAGGUGCGUUCCAUCAUGAAAUCCCUAAAUAAAAGACUUGUCAAAAUUGCCAAACGUGCUCUCAAAAUUGAUCCCAACUUGAAGAAACUCGAGGCGGUUGUGCAGAAAAUUGAUAAAGUUUCAACUGGUGUUGCAACUUUCCUUCAUCUUGUAAGUGAAGCAAAUCAGGAGCAUCAGGAUCAGCAGCUGGAGCUGUACAGAGAACGUCAAACGGGAUCUUUGCCUAAAACUGAUCUCAUCGGGCGGGGCAAUGAUAAGGAGUUUGUUAUGCAGUGGUUGAGGAAGCAAUCAAAUGAGCAUCGGGGAACUGAUUUGUACAGAAACAUUUCUGUUCUAUCUAUAGUGGGGCAUGGUGGUAUGGGAAAGACUACACUCUUGCAACAUGUCUAUGAAGAAGAUGAAAUGACAGAGGAAUUUGAUCUUAAAAUGUGGGUUUGUGUAUCCAACAACUUUGAUGCGCAAAAAGUCAUUGCAGAUAUGUUGGAAUCUCUUAAAAAGAAUAGACCUCCUUUGGAUACACUUGAUGCGCUUCAAAAGAGUCUUAAAUCUGAGAUAAUGUCAAAAAGGUUCUUACUUGUGCUGGAUGACAUUUGGGAUGAGGAGGAGGAAAGGGAUAAAAGUAAAUGGGAGAAUGUGCUCGCCCCUCUGUCUUGUGGAAGUUUGGGAAGUAAAAUUUUGGUCACUACUCGGAUGGACUCUGCUGCAUUGAUAAUUGCAAAAGUGAUUAAAAAUAAUAAAGAAACAUUGAGAUUACAAGGCUUAGAAGAUGGUGAAUGUUUACAGCUACUCAACAACCAUGCAUUUGCAGAUGUAGAGAAUCUUGAUGAUGAUCACAGAAAAUUAAAAUUAAUCACGGAAGAGAUAGCUAAAAAGCUUUCAGGGUUUCCAUUAGCAGCAAAGGUCAUGGGCGGUAUUCUGAAUUCUAAUUUGGAUGAAAGGCAUUGGAGAGAAGUUUUAGAAUGUGAUACUGGAAUAAUAAAAUUGGGUCAAAAUGAUAUCAUGUCGGUCUUAAGAUUGAGUUAUGUAUACCUCCCACAACAUCUACAAAGUUGCUUCAGAUUUUGUUGCAUAUUCCCACAAGAUCAUGAAUUUGAUAAGGAUGAUUUAGUCCGCAUGUGGAUUGCAUUGGGUUUCAUUCGGUCAUCAUAUAAUCAAGGAGAGAAUAUGGAGGAUAUUGGAGGAAGGUAUUUUGAUACUUUGGUUAAGAAAUCAUUUUUUGAUAAAUAUGGUAAUUAUUACAAAAUGCAUGAUUUAUUACAAGAACUGGCACAGUAUGUUUCUGCACAAGAAUGCUUCAGAAUUGAGGGUGAAAAUGUGUUGUCUUGUAGAAUUUCUGAAACUAUUCGACACUUGGCUGUUAAAACUAACAAUUUAGAAGUGGUCAGAAAGAUUGAGAAAUUUAAAAAUUUGCACUCUCUUCACUUAACCUAUAGCAAAGAUGAUCAGGAUUUUAUUGAUGUACUUACCAAAAAUUUUGAAACAUUGAGUAGCAUCCGCUUGCUAUGCAUAAACAAUCAACACCUGAAAAUGAUACCCGAGGCAAUUGGAUUUUUAAGACAUCUUCGAUAUUUGAAGAUUGCUAGAACUAGUGUUGCUCAACUGCCAAGAUCGUUAAGCAAUCUUUAUCACUUGAUGUUUAUGAUAUAUGAAAGAAAUUUGUGUAUUUCCAAUGAUAUCUUACCAAAGGAUUUAAAUAACCUUUUUAAUCUACGUUACUUGAAAUUGCCUUGGGAUGUCAUUCUAGUUGGGAUGCAUGGUAUUGGAAAGCUAAAAUCUCUUCAAGGGCUGGAUGGGUUUUAUGUUAAGAAUGAGAUUGGUUAUAAAAUUGGGGAGUUGGAGCAUAUGAAUGACCUUCGUCAGUUAAGAAUCAAACUUCUUAAAAAUGUGAAGGAUGCCGAGGAGGCUUGCAGUGCCAAAAUAUAUCAAAAGAAGAAUCUCAUGGAUUUGUCUUUAGAAUGGAGUCACAUUCAUAUCAACAAUUGGGGUCAUGCACAAUUUGCAAGGUAUGCUAGUAUAUCAAAAGAGGAAUCAUCACGAAACAUUUUUGAUCCUUACUUAGAUGAGAAAGUGCUUGACAAUCUUCAACCACACAAUAGUUUAAAGCAAUUGCGGAUAUAUUCAUUCAUGGGUGCCAGGUCUGCAAUAUGGAUGAACAAUAUAAAUUUGAUCUCAAAUCUAGAAUACAUUCGACUAGAGGAUUGCUUGGAGUGGCACACUCUUCCACCUGUUGGGCAGCUUCCAUUCCUUAAAUCGCUCAUUCUUCAUAAUAUGCCAAAAGUUAAACGGCUUGACAAUAAAUUUCAUGGAAAUGGCAAGUGUUGCCUCUUUCCAUCACUGAAGGUGCUAGAAAUUGAAAAUUUGGAAGUAUUAGAGGAUUGGUUUGAUGCAGCAGCAGUAGCAGAAGGUGACUGUUUGUUUCCUUGCUUAACUGAACUGUACCUAAGAGACUGCCAACAUUUGCAAGAGCUGCCCUUUUUGCCUCCUCAGCUCAAGAAAUUGGAGAUUGAUAACAUUGGGUGGAAAGCUUUUAAUUGGCUUCAAUGUGCUAGCAACUGUUGCAUCCAAGAGCUGAAAAUUACAAGGAAUGAUGAAUUGGUUUCAUUUCCAAUUGAGGCAGAGGAGUGGUUUGUUCGAGUUAGUUCAUCCCUUCAUAAGUUGUACUUUAUGGAGCUCAAAUCGCUGCAGUCUCUUCCUUCCUCCUUGGCAAGCCUCUCCUCACUUAAGAUUCUAAGUGUGAGAAAUGCUCCUCAACUCCAGAUGUUGCCGAACAUCCCCGCCUCUCUGGAGAAAUUAGAGCUUUACAAUCUCGAAUCAUUGCAAUGCCUGCCUUCUUCUUUGUCAUUCUCUUCUCUGGCUGUCCUUGAAUUACACAGCAUUCCUCUCCUCGAAUCAUUGCCAGACCUCCCUCCCUCUUUGCGUUCGAUGAAUAUUUAUUAUGGGAACCUGAAUUGCUUGCCUUCUUGCUUUCCUAGCCUUUCUUACCUCCAAAACAUUAGUAUUAGUGGUCUUCCUCUGCUCCAAGAAUUACCAGAACUCCCUUCUUCCCUUCGUGAACUGAGCAUUAGAAGACUUAAAUCCCUACAAUCUCUCCCUUCCUCAUUGACAAGCCUCUUUUCACUUGAGAUUCUAUUCAUAAUUAAUGUUACUGAACUUCGGCUCCUGCCAAACUUUCCCGCCUCUCUCGAAAAAUUAAACCUUUCAAAUCUCGAAGCAUUGCAGUGCCUUCCAUCUUCUGUGUCCAUCUCUUCCCUCAAAAGACUUCACUUAAUGAAAAUUCCGCUCCUAAAAUCAUUACCAGCCCUUCCUCCCGGUUUGAAAUAUCUGUUCGUCAAUAAUGUUUCUCAGCUCCAACUAUUGCCAAAUAUCCCCGCCUCUCUAGAAGAUUUAAUCCUUUCAGAUCUCGAAGCAUUGCAGUGCCUUCCAUCUUCUUUGUCCAUCUCUUCCCUCAAAAAGCUUCGCUUAACAAGAAUUCCGCUCCUAAAAUCAUUGCCAGACCUUCCUAACGGUUUGAAAUAUCUGUCCGUCGAUAAUGUUCUUCAGCUCCAACUAUUGCCAAAUAUCCCCGCCUCUCUGGAAGAACUAAACCUUUCAGGUCUCGAAGCAUUGCAGUGCCUGCCAUCUUUUUUGUCCAUCUCUUCCCUCAAAAGACUUCGCUUGAUAAGAAUUCCGCUCCUAAAGUCAUUGCCAGACCUUCCUCCCGGUUUGAAAUAUCUGUUCGUUGAUAAUGUUCCUCAGCUCCAACUAUUGCCAAAAAUCUCUGCCUCUCUGGAAGAAUUAAACCUUUUAGAUCUCGAAGCAUUGCAGUGCCUUCCUUCUUCUUUGUCCAUCUCUUCUCUCAAAAGACUUCACUUAAGAAGAAUCCCGCUCCUAAAAUCAUUGCCAAACCUCCCUCCCAGUUUGAAAUUUCUGGAAGUCCAAAGCUGUCGUCCAAAGUUGAUGAAGCGAUAUGAAAAUUUUCACAGACUCCGAGUAGCAGACGAUCAUAAGUUGUACUUUAUGGGGCUCAAAUCCCUGCAGUAUCUUCCUUCCUCCUUGGCAAGCCUUUCCUCACUUAAGAUUUUACAUGUGAGAAAUGCUCCUCAACUCCAAAUGUUGCCGAACAUCCCUGCCUCUCUGAAAAAAUUGGAACUUUGUAAUCUCGAAAAAUUGCAAUGCAUGCCUUCUUCUUUGUCCAUCUCUUCUCUCGAGGUCCUUGAUUUAUCCUGCAUUCCUCUCCUCAAAUCAUUGCCAGACCUACCUCCCUCUUUUCGUUCGAUAAAUAUUUACCUUGAGAACCUGUGUUGCUGGCCUUCUUGCCUUCCUAGCCUUUCUUAUCUCCAAAAAAUUAGUAUUAUUAGUAACGCUCCUCACCUUCAAGAAUUACCAGAACUCCCUUCAUCCCUUUGUGAACUGAGCUUUAUAAAUCUUGAAUCCCUACAAACUCUCCCUUCCUCAUUGACAAGCCUCUAUUCACUUGAGAUUCUAUCCAUAAUUAAUGUUACUCAACUUCGACUACUACCAAAGUUUCCCACCUCUCUAGAACGAUUAUCACUUGGAAAACUCAAAUCAUUACAAUGUUUGCCGUCUUCUUUGCAGGCCAUCUCUUCUCUAAAGUAUCUUUAUUUAGAAGGCAUUCCGCUCCUCAAAUCAUUGCCUGACUUCCCUCCUCCUUUGUGUUGGCUUCACCUAUGUGACCUUGAGAACCUAGAUUGCUUGCCUUCUAGCUUGUCCAGCCUUUCUUCUCUCCAAAAAAUUAAUAUUGAUAAAGUUCCUUUGCUCCAAGAAUUACCAAACCUCCCUUCAUCCCUUUGUCAAUUAGCAUUUACAAAGCUUAAAUCUCUGCAGUUAUUGCCGAAUAUCCCCGCCUCUCUAGAAGAAUUAAGCCUUUCAGGUCUCGAAGCAUUGCAGUGCCUGCCAUCUUCUUUGUCCAUCUCUUCCCUCAAAAGAUUUCACUUGACAGAAAUUCCGCUGCUAAAAUCAUUGCCAAACCUUCCUCCCGAUUUGAAAUAUCUAUUCAUCGAUAAUGUUCCUCAGCUCCAACUAUUGCCAAAUAUCCCCGCCUCUUUGGAAGAAAUAAACCUUUUUGGUCUCGAAGCAUUGCAGUUCCUGCCAUCUUCUUUACCCAUUUCUUCCCUCAAAAGACUUCACUUAACAAGAAUUAUGCACCUAAAAUCAUUGCCAGAUCUUUCUCCCAGUUUGGAAUAUAUGUCAGUCAAUAAUGUUUGUCAGCUCCAAUUACUGCAAAACAUCCCCGCUUCUUCGAAAGAAUUGUACCUUUCAGAUCUCGAAGCAUUGCAGUGCCUGCCAUCUUCUUUGUCCAUCUCUUCUCUCAAAAGACUUCACUUGACAAAAAUUUCGCUCCUAAAAUCAUUGCCAAACCUUCCUCCCGAUUUGAAAUAUCUGUUCAUCGAUAAUGUUCCUCAGCUCCAACUAUUGCCAAAUAUCCCCGCCUCUCUGGAAGUAUUAAACCUUUCAGGUAUCGAAGCAUUACAGUUCCUGCCAUCUUCUUUGCCCAUCUCUUCCCUUAAAAGACUUCACUUAACAGGAAUUCUGCUAAUAAAAUCAUUGCCAGAUCUCCCUCCCAGUUUGGAAUCUCUGUCGGUCAAUAAUAUUCCUCAGCUCCAACUAUUGCCAAAUAUCCCCGCCUCUCUGGAAGAAUUAAACCUUUCAGGUCUUGAAGCAUUACAGUUACUGCCAUCUUCUUUGCCCAUCUCUUCGCUCAAAAGACUUCACUUAACAGGAAUUCCACUACUAAAAUCAUUGUCAGAUCUCCCUCCGAGUUUGGAAUCUCUGUCAGUCGAUAAUGUUCCUCAGCUUCAACUAUUGCAAAACAUCCCCGCCUCUCUGGAAGAAUUAAAACUUUCAGGUCUUGAAGCAUUGCAGUUCCUGCCAUCUUCUUUGCCCAUCUCUUCCCUCAAAAGACUCCACUUAAAUGGAAUUCAGCUACUAAAAUCAUUGCCAGACCUUCCUCCUAGUUUGAAAUAUCUGUUCAUCUAUAAGGUUCCUCAGCUCCAAUUAUUGCCAAACAUUCCUGCCUCUAUGGAAGAAUUGCGCCUUUAUGACCUCGAAGCAUUGCACUGCCUGCCAUCUUCUAUGUCCAUCUCUUCCCUCAAAGGACUUCAUUUAGACAGAAUUCCGGAACUUAAAUCAUUGCCAGACCUCCCUCCCGGUUUGAAUUAUCUUUCAGUUAAAGACUGUCAUCCAGGGUUGAUGGAGCGAUAUCAAAGUUUUGACAGAAGAUUGCUCGCAUACAUGUUGUCAAUAUAGUUCUAGCACGGAAGACGAAUAAAUGCUGGUAAUUAAUUACUACAUGAUCGUGGAAAUUGUAUUUAUCAAUCUCGCAUCCAUUAUUUUAUAGUAAUUA